GCGCGCUCAAUGACGUUUUCGCGCAGUCGCAUAUCACUGACGUCACUUGCCUUGGCGGACAUGCGGGCAGGCGGCAAGAUGUCGGCGUCGUCUUGGCUGCACGGGCCGCCUGCUGGCCGUUUGACUGAGGGCUUAUUGUCGGUUAUGAAGGAGCAGCGUCCCGAGUAUUUGCCCAACCUGCUGGACAACUACCGGGAGCACGGCGUGCUCCGAACACAGGGCGACGGCGCCUUGGGCGGGCUCCUUGGCUUUAGCAAUGCCAAACUGGCCUCCAGCAAAACCAAGUUCGAGGGGCUGUGUCUGCUGUCCGUGCUGGUCCAGGACAGUUCUUGCGAGCUGUUCCAGCAGCAUUGCCUCUCGUGGCUGCGCUCCCUGCAGCAAGUCAUCCAGUCCCAGGCUCCCGUUCAGACCGUGCGGCUGGCCGUGACCAUCUUGAAAGACCUGCUGCAGUAUUCGUCUCAGCUGGCCGAGCUGGCGCGGGAGGUGGGCCUCAACUGCGUCCUGGGCAUCCUCACCUCACUGCUGGGCCUGAAGACGGAGUGCGAGCUGGCGGCCAUGGAGGGCAUGACGGCGUGUAUGACCUACUACCCCCGAGCGUGCGGAUCCCUGCGGGACAAGCUGGGCGCCUAUUUCCUCUCCAAAAUGGACAGCUCCAACAAGAAGAGCCAAGAGAUGGCUUGUCGGUGUUACGGGCGCCUCCCCUGCCUGGGCGGCCUCACCGACCGAGCGUCGGGGGCCGGCCGGGCCGACCGCUGGACCGAUCAGGUUCACUGCCUGCUGGCGUCGGCCAACGGCGCGCUCGCUCACCUCUACCGGGGCUCGGAAUCGGACAGAACGGCGCAAUACGACGGUCCCGGGGCCGAGCUGGGCUUUCCUCCUCUGGACCCAUCGGACGCCCUGCUGCCGCUGCAGCUCCAGCACAGAUACGUCGCGAUGUGCCACGCUCUGAAACACACCCUCAGGGUGGACCCGGGAUCGGCCGUGCGUCUGCCCGUCAGGCCCGUUCUCAACCUGGUGUGUCGAGCGCUCGCCAUCGGGCCCAAGAGCAUCAAUUUAAUGGGCGACGGCAGCGUGAGGCUGCUCCUCCUGCCCGCCGUUCACACCGGCGCCCUGGAGGUCUUGUCUGCGCUCAUAACAGUCGUGCGGAGCGGCAUGGCGCAGUACGCCGCGGUGCUGCAGAGGCUUUUGGCCCAAACCCUCAGCGCCUGGACGCCUCCGCCUGAAGCCGACCCGGGGCAGCAGAGAGCCUUCAGCUGGGUGCGCGUAUCCGUGUAUAGAAGCCUUGAAGCGUGGGUGCAGGUGGCCGGCGCCUCCGCCGGCAUCCUCCAGGGGAGCUCCAGCCACACCGAGGUCCUUUUCGCCCACCUCCUGGGGGACAUUACACCCGGGGCCGAGUCUGUCAAGUUGCGAGCGGGCUUGGCGGCCGACGUGGUUCCCGGAGGCAAACCGGGCCCCCGCAGGACCAAACCGCUGGUCAUGGCAGAUGCGGUGGGGCCGUCCCUCCAGAGGAAAGGCGACCCUCUGGCCAACCAGGACACCUGCCUUUCAGCUCUCAGGGCGCUACGACAAAUCGUACUGACCAGCGGGAGCCUCCUGAAAGACGAUCUGCACAAGCGUCUCCAUGAAGUUCUGCUGCCGCUGUGCGUGCGCCUGCAGCAGCAGCAGUCCAGCUGCAACGCCGCCUCCGAGGCUGCAGCGGGCGUCAGCGGGCAGUAUGGCGGCGCCCUCGCGCGGCGGGAACUCUACAGGUUGUUGCUGGCUCUGGUCCUGGUCCCGUCCCCCUCGUGGCCUCCGCCUCUCACGUGCGCCGUGUCUAUCCUCAGCAAAGGACGCACGGACCGCAACCUCAAGGUGUCCUCGUUCUGCACCGAGGCUCUGACCGUCUGCAACUCCCUCGUCCACCCGCGCGCUCCCUCCGUCGCCGUCCCCUUGCCGCCUCUCACCCUGAAAGCGACACCCUCCGCUUCGGUCCUGCCGUCCUCCCAGGGCCCGACCCCGGGCCUCCCGUUGCCCACCCUCCUCGGAGGCCCCGGCUCUUCUGGCGCCUUCGCCCCCCGCCGCUCGCUGGGUCUGCCGGGCUCCCUGGAGAACCACCCGUCUUUGGUUCCGGGCCUGGCCUCGGGCGACGCGAUCUUGUCCCCGCACGCGCACCGGCAGCCGGAGCAGGCCGGCCUGGGCCCCCCGGAGGGCCAGAGACCCGUUUUUGUGCGCUACGACAAAGAGGAAGCCGAGGACGUGGAGAUCUCGCUGGCCAGCGACUCGGACGACAGCGUGGUCAUCGUUCCUCCGGGGACGCUCGUCACGGAUACGCGCAAGCCCGUCGAGCCUCCCGCCGCCGUCCCCCAGAACCAGACCGCCGAGCCGGCGGCUUUGCCUCCCGUCGCGACGGACGGGGUCUCCCUCGCCGUCGACCCGGCCAACUCGUCCUCUCCCCCUCUGCCCGGCGCUCCCGUCGACGCCUCCGCGGACGAAACGCCGGCCGUCAGACCUCAGCUCCAGCAGAUGCUGAUGCAGCCCUCGGCCCCCGCGGCCCUGGGGCCGCCCCUCGACGCGCAUCAGCUGCAGAACCAGCUGGGCCCCCCGCCGGGAAGGCUUCCCGCCGCCAACAGCAACAACGAAGACUCGGCCGUCAUCAACAUCAACAGCACGGACGACGACGAGGAGGAGGAGGAGGAGGAGGAGGAGGAGGAAGAGGAAUAUGAAGAGAUGGAGGACGACGAAGAGCUGGACGAGGAGGACGAGGAGGAAGUCAGCGAUUUUCCCGAGGGAGAGUUUUACGAAGGCGAAGACUUUGACGACUUUGACGAAGAUGGGGAGGAUCUGGAGGAGGAAGAGGAGGACGAGGAGGAAGAGGGGGACGAAGACGGUGCCAUGCCCCCGUUGGAGGGAGCGGGGGACAAGGCCGGCGUGGCCGACGGCGAGGAAGAGAAGGCGCUCCGAGCGGAAGGAGCGCCCGCCGGCCGCGGCGCGGGGGGAGUCCAGGAGGUCCGGCUCGGCGGGCUCGACGUCGCGGGCGAGCGCGCCAAGGUGCGCGAGGUGGAGAGCAUCGGCGUCCUGGAAGGGGCCGCGGAGCAGGACGAGGAGGACGGCGAGAAGAUGCACGACCCCACCAUGCCUCAGAUCCUGUGUGUGACCGGCGGAGCGCCGGAGGAGAGGGAGGAGUCCGAGGGGGAGGGGCCGCAGGAGGCCGCCGCGCCGGCCGGUGCCGAGCUUCAACCCCAACAGCGGGAAGCGACGGCCCCCGCACAGGAAGUGGGCACGGGCGACGACCGGCCGCCCGUCCUUCAAAAAGAAUUCCCGGCGGACCCUCCCGAGGUCGCCGACCCGCCGCCCGCGGAUUCCGCCGCCUCGUCGGGCCCCUCCGAGCGCCCCCGGGAGGAAGAAAAAGACGAAGGGGCGCAGACGGACGGAGGAGCCGCGGAAGAGAGCCAAGGCGACGGGGGCAAAGGAGUCAAGCGGAAGAGAGACGACGCGCACGAGGACCCGGAAGCGGGACCCGCCGCUGACGGGAAAAAGACGCACCAUGACCCCAUCGCCUCCAUGUUGGCCGAUUUUGUCGCCUGCCCCCCCGACGACGACGAGGUCACGGCGUCGGGAUCGAACCCCUAAGCGGAAGGAGGCUUGCUACGAUUCUGUUUGUCGUGCUAAGUUGAUUUGAUUUGGGCUGCUUUGGAAAAAGGAAAGCGUGAGUCGGCGUCUAACCAAACCAAACCAGUUUUAGUACUCGCACUUGGCUGGAAUUCUUCCGCUUCUCUGAGUGUAUUUUUUUUUUUUUUUUUUUUU